AUGACUCUCUUCUUGCCUAAUUACCAUCCGCAUCACACUUCCCUUUCCGUCUCAUCUCCCUCUCCAUGCAAGCAGGGCGGGGAGUCUCAGAUGCGCCACUGCACCGACCACGAGGACGUCUUCAGGCAGGAGAGCUACUUCUCGUAUCUCUUUGGGGUCAUCGAGCCUGGAUUCUAUGGUGCUGUGGACGUGUCAGUGAAACCAGCGCGGUCGUUCCUCUUCAUGCCUCACCUCCCGGACUCCUAUGCUGUGUGGAUGGGCCCUCUGCACACUCACCAGCAGAUCAAGGACAAGUAUGGAGUGGACGAGGUGCACUAUAUCGAGGACGUGGCAGCAGUGCUGAAAGCAGCAGCAGGGAGUGGCAGCGGCCUGCCGACUCUCUUCCUCCUCAAGGGGAUCAACACCGACAGCGGCAACUCCUGCAAGCCAGCACACUUUGAUGGCAUAGACGAGUUCCCUCAGGACCUAACGGUGUUACACCCAGAACUGAGCGAAUGCCGGGUGAUCAAAUCCCAGGAGGAGAUUCGCGUGAUGCGCUAUGCUGCUGCUGUGUCAUCUGACGCUCAUGUGGAGGUGAUGAGGAAAGUGCGGCCAGGCAUGAUGGAAUACGAGAUGGAGGCGGAUUUCCUGCACCAUGCAGCCGUCGCUGGGGGGUGCCGUUUAGCCGGGUACACGUGCAUAUGCGGCACGGGUCCCAACAGCAGCAUCCUGCACUACGGCCAUGCAGGCGCUCCCAACGAUAGGGAGUGCAGGGAUGGCGACAUGGCGCUUCUAGACAUGGGAGCAGAGUACUUCACAUACGGCGCUGACAUCACAUGCUCCUUCCCUGUCAAUGGCAAAUUCAGUGCAGACCAACGGCUGGUGUAUGAGGCGGUGUUGGCAGCACAGAGGGCGGUGUUUGCUGCAAUGAAGCCAGGAGUCAGCUGGGUGGACAUGCACAGGCUGGCGGAGCGCACGAUUCUGGAGCACCUCAAGGAAGGGGGGUUGCUACAGGGGUCAAUUGACGACAUGAUGGAGCAGCACCUGGGAGCUCUCUUCAUGCCGCAUGGGCUGGGCCACUUUCUGGGCAUUGAUACGCAUGAUGUUGGCGGGUACAACAAUGCAGAGAGGUCGACUGAGCCAGGGGCCAAGUCUCUUCGCACAACACGCACAUUGGAACCUGGCAUGGUUAUCACUGUGGAGCCGGGUUGUUACUUCAUCGACUCUCUGCUGGAUCCUGCUCUUGCUGACCCAGCUGUGGCCCGCUACCUAGUGCCUGAGAGAAUUGCUCAGUUCCGAGGCUUCGGCGGUGUGAGACUGGAAGAUGACGUGGCGGUGACAGCAGAGGGCAUCGACAACCUCACCAAGUGCCCACGUGAUGUCGUUGAGGCGCUCCUUCCUUUCGACGCGUCAUCCAGCGAUCCGUCAACUCCUCGCGAUGACUUCACGUCCACUCCCGGCGAAACGCCUUCUCCGUCCCCGCCCUCGCCGCAGUUCGCGGUGAGCGACGCGGCGCAGCCGUGGUCGAGGACAGGUGGCGCAAUGGCACUGGACGCCGCGAGGCUGAUUCAGCAGGUCGGGAUGCAGCAGCUCAUGCGCCGCCGGCAGUCGCCUCGCCGAGCCUCAGCUCCGGAACAGCUGCCCGACCCGCAACCCAGCACGUGGGCGUAUUCCCGCCCCGUGGUCAUCCUCGACGCGUUUUGGAACCUCGCCUUCGUUGUAGUCACGGCCAUCACGCUCUUUAUAAGCCAGGCGCGCAACGAGCGCCCGCCCGCGCCGCUGUCCAUCUGGUUACUCGGAUCUACGGUGGAGGAUGAAGAGAUGAUGGUGAGGGACGGUGUGGAUGAGAGCGAAUCGGACGACUCGGAUCAGAGCCUGGCGCGGCGCAUAGAGUCAGCCAACACAAUGUUCUCCUUCGCCUGGUGGCUCGUCGGCUUCACCUGGAUCCUCUCCACCAUCGACGAUUCCUUCAAAGACGCGCCCAUCCUCUCCUGGCAGAGGCAGGUGGAGGCAGAGGAUGCUGAGUGCUGUGUGUGCCUUGUGAGGUAUGAGGAUGGGUGUGUGUUACGCGAGUUACCGUGCUCGCACCACUUCCAUGCGGCGUGCAUUGACAAGUGGCUGAAGUCGCACCCGACGUGUCCGCUAUGCAAGCGUGACAUUACUAAGGGUGUGGGCAACGCUGCAUCACCAGACACCCUGCCAAGUUCACUCACUGCUCGAGCAUCAGUGGGAGGGACUUUUGAAAGCACUCCAGUGCCAAGUGGGAUGCCAUGA